CAACAGUUGUUACGUUUACGUUUGGCUGAGAAUCAAUAUGGUGUUGAAAAUAAACAUCCACGUAGCAUUUCUGUUAUAAUCCCAUUUUGAUCGUCUUUAAAUUACUAAAUCACUCUGAUGAUGGCUGAAGGACCUUCAGAUGUAAGAAAGAGGGGGAAUCCCGUUGCUGAUCCCAAUGGCAUGGGUGUAAUUCAUCCAUUUGCAACAAGCAACAGGUCCUUCGGCAAGCUGGUCAUGUCUGAACUAGCCGAAAUUAUGAUGGUGAAACAGGCCAAAGUUGUGUUGUGUCUGAUCUGUAUCAACUUGGUUGUGGUAACAUUUGCCUUGUACUGGAGCAACUCAACAAAGAGCAUGGCAUUAACUGCAUACACGUUUCUGGCAAUAUUUGAUUUGUUUUGUUUGCUGACUUGUUUACUGACCAUCUGGGUGGAACAGCAGAAGCCAGCCUCCAUAUUCUCGUUUGGUUACGAGAGGUUUGAAGUUCUGGCAGUCUUCUCAAGUACCAUGCUCAGUCUACUCAGCUCCUUCUUUAUAUUCAAGGAAAGCGUGGAAAGAAUUUUUCAGCAGCCAGAGGUGCACACUGGUCGUCUUCUUCUUGGUGCUAUUGUGAUUGUCAUCUAUCACAUGCUUGCCACGUACAUCAUCAACAACAAGGCAUUCAACCACGUGGUUGACGCGUCAAGUUCAAGCUGGCUGCAAGAACACAUGGCUGAUGUUAGUGAAAGUUUAUGCCAUGUGGUACCUGGUCUCAGUAAGAUGCUCCUCCCUCGCAUCAACCCAUUUGUCCUUCUUGGAUUUGCUGGUGGAAUCUCUCUGGUUGUGACACACCUUCUCAUUGAUGUCUACAACUAUUAUGCUGCGGACACCCUCUUUGCUAUGUGUAUUGCUGUGAUGACAGUGGGGACCAUGUUCCCGAUGGCAGCGUACAGUGGCAAGAUACUACUGCAGACUACUCCUUCUCAUAUUAUUGGUCAGCUAGACAAAUGUAUCCGAGAAGCUUCCACUCUUGAUGGAGUACUUGAGUUCAGGCAUGAGCAUUUCUGGACCCUUUCAUUCGGAACUUUGGCUGGUUCCCUUCAUGUAAGGAUCCGUCGGGAUGCCAAUGAACAGAUGGUCUUAGCACAUGUCACAAACAGACUGUCAAACAUUGUGUCCAAACUUACAAUACAAAUAUUCAAAGAUGACUGGACGACCCGAACCUCUGUAUACCAGAUGUUAGCUAAUUCUGGAAUACCUGGGAACUAUGCUGCUCCAGGAUCAUCGUCACCAAGUCGGGGUCCAUCUCCACCAGUGCCACUGCACGAGCAGGCACCAAAUGCACCUCCGAGACCUGCAGCUGCGAAUCACAACACAAACUCUAUUGGUCAAAAUACCAACCCAAGAUCUGUACCAGAGUUACAACCAGGGCUAUCAAUGAAUGCGCCACUCGUUCCAAAUGUUCCCAACAUAUCCACUGUUCCUAACUUUGACAAAUCUUAUAUUCCAAACACUGUUUCAGAUUACAGGACAAAUGUGAUGAAUCCAUUCCUAAACUCGCCAACAUUAAAAACUCCUGCACAAAAUUAUCUUGCUUCAAGUAUAUCAGCCACUGCCAAUAGUUUACAUGAUGCAGGUAUGAUAUCACCAUACCCGAAUGCUAAGAUAGGUCUUCAAAAUUCCACAUCAUAUAACUCGAAUAACUUGGUGAAUUCCAGUUCAAAUAAUGUAAAGUUCAAGUGAUGAUGCUUUGAUUACUUCGUUUUCGUCACAUUCAAGAAGUGUGUAUAAUAUGCACAAGCUUCUAUAAAAGCCAUUUUGUGAAAAAAGUGUGGUAAAAGAUAGCUGACGGUACCUUGGAUCCUUGCAUUUGUGACAUUAUUUCGAAGUUUGCACAAAUUGUAUCAUUACAAAUAAAUAUUUAUUGUAUG